AAUGAUAAUUAUAUAUAAGGAUAGAAUUAUAAAUAGUAAUAGAGAGGAUCUAAUUGAUGAGAGAGAAGUAGUUGUUGAGUUUAGAAUAAGAAAGAGGAUGGUAGAAAAGUUAUAGAAAAAAAGGAGAAGUGAAGUAAGGGAAUAGAUGAUUGAAUGA